AUGGCCAUAACCAUGUUGAGACAUUUCAACACCAACCCUCUCCUUGCUCGGUUGGUUUACUACAUUUCAUCUUCGAGGGAGUCGAGUGAUUUGAGGUUCGUUUUAAAUGAGGAAUAUUCUCCGACUCCCAGCUCAUCAGUAAAUCGAAAUGUUCGGGAUGCCUAUGGUAGAUGGGUUAGAGUAAAUGAAAAAGCUGGAACCUAUAUCUUAAUAAGCAUAUCGGAUAUUUUGACUAAGAAACAUGAGAGAAUGGUUACUGCUAAGGGGAUCAUGGAUUCCUUACAUGCAGUAUUUGGACAACCAUCCUCAUCUGUCAGGCACGAUACUCUCAAAGAGGUUUACAACUACCGCAUAAAGGAAGGAACCUUCGUUAGAGAACAUGUUAUGGAUAUGGGGGUAGAAGUAAAUAGUGCUGUCAGAGAUAAGAAAGUUGAGAAAGCAAAGUAA